GUAGUGUCCUCGUGUUAAAAUUUGUAUUUGUUUUCUUACAUGGUGAGAAGUCCUGAACUGGCUCCUGGAUAGAAGGAUGAUGGAGGAAUGAAGAAAGGAGUCAGAGAAGUGAGGAAGGAGCUUUGAAUCGAGCUGUCAUCGUUCAGGGCCCCAGAAGCCUCAUUUAUAUUCGUGGCUGACCCAUCGAUGGCUCCUGUGCCUUUGGCAUCCUGUCUGGCUGGAAAAAUAAGGAUUUAUUUCCCAUGGGGUGACUGAAAUCAUUCUUGAGAGUUGGAUUAAGCUGGAGAUGUGGCUAGAAGAUGUGGCAACUUAUCUAAUACCAGAGGGACCAGAGGAUGUCAAGUUGCUCACAGGCAUCUAUAAAACAGACCAUUAUCCUGCUUUACCCAGUGGUGGCCUGGUGGUGGCUGAGGAACCAGCCUUGCUGGGGAAGAUUAAGGAAAGCUACUGUGUGCAGCUGAUGCCUAGCACACAGCAGUCUGUUGUCAGUGAAAUGGAGCACAGAGAAGCCUUUCCUCUUAGAAUAAGCCGGGCCAGGCUGUUUCUUCUGCAGACAGUCUACCAUGCCUGUUGACCUCCCUGCCACAGUGAGUCUAAACACCAGCCAGGUCUGGGAGCCUGUAUCUCUUGACAUUUCAGUCCUAUCUUUGACCAAGAGCCUUCGUGCGACAAGGUUCACUCUCUGGAGAUUGGGUAGUGAACAACUCCGGCUUUGUCCUUGUGUUCCUGGUGCCUAUACUCCAGAAAGCAUCCCAUGGCAGGGCACAACAAGUGGGCUCAUCUCUUCAUCUACUGCCCCCACCCCCUUGAGACAUCCUGCUGGCUUUGAACUUGGCAUGUAGUAGAGGAUGACAUUUAAACUUCCGGUCUUCCUGCCUCCGGAAGUGCUGGGAUUACAUCACCCUGCCUGGUCUAUUCGGUGCUGGGGAUCAAACCCAGGGCUUCAUGCAUGCUAAGCAAAUACUCUACUAACAGAGCUACAUCCCAGCCACUUCUUUUCCUUCGUGUGUGUGUGUGUGUGUGUGUGUGUGUGUGUGUGUGUGUGUGUGUUCAUGUGUGUAAGUGAAGCAUGGGUUUGUUACAUCACUGUUUGCAGAGGUCAAAGAACAACCUCUAGUAUGUUACCUUGUUUGAGGAGGACUGUCUUUGUUGCCUAUGGAUGUAUCGUCCCACCAUAGGACUGCUGGGAUUACAGAUAUGCGCUAUGGAACCCAGCUCUGUGUGAAUUCUGGGGUUCAAAACUCAGGUCCUUACACUUGUGUGGCAAGAACGUCACCCACUAGUACCGUCUCCCCAGACCGACUCUUCUCAUAAAGCCAACUAAUGUCAUCAUGGCGCUUUCCCCUGAUGGCUUCCUUCAGGCAUAAUUACUUUCCUAAACGAUCUACCCUUAAAUCCUGUCAAUACAGGACCUUGAGGAUUAAGUUCCCAACUCUUAGACUUGAAGAAUGUACAUUCAAACUACAGUAGUGUGUUCAUGGUACUGUGGGAUCAGAUUCCACAACUUCUCCUUUUGCAACCCUGAAAUUUUAUACUCAUUAGACGACUCCCACUGCCUGCCUUCCCUGUCUCUCAGGAGCUACCAUUCUACUGUUUCAAUGCAAACAGGUUUUGACUACUUUAGAUAUCCCAUCCAAACAGAAUCGGUCCAAACGUGCCUCCUUGUGACUGGCUUAUUUCACCUUGCAACAUGUCCUCAAGGUUCAUCCAUGUUGUAACCUGCAUUAGAAUUUCAUUUUGAAGACUUACUAGUAUUCAUGUAUUCAGUGUGCUGGCUAGUUUUAUGUCAACUUGACACAGCUAGAGUCUUCAGGGGAAGGGGGUGUCCCCUGAGAAAAUGCCUCUGUAAGAUCAGGCUGUAGGCAAGCCUGUCGGAUAUUUUCUUAAUUAGUGAUUGAUGGGGGAAGACCCAGCCCAUAGUGGGUGGUGCCAUCCCUGGGCAGGUGGCUCUGGGUUCUGUAAGAAAGCAGACUGAGCAAGCCAUGAGAAGUAAGCUAGUAUACAGCACUCCUUCAUGGCUUCUGCAUCAGCCUAUGUCUCCAGGUUCCUGCCCUAUUUGAAUUCCUGUCCUGACUUCCUUCAACGAUGAACAGAGACAUAGAAGCACUAGCCGUAAAUAAAUUCUCUCCUCCCCACAUUGCUUUGGUCAUGGUGUUUCGUUGCAACAGUUGUAACCCCAAGACAUAGAUACAUAUCUUCUGUGUAUCCAUUCAUCCAGAGGGCACGGGGCUACUUCAAUCUCUUGGAGUGAUUGUUAGGUUACAAUGUAGGUGGAUAGUAGAAGGGUAACAGUUAUCAGCAGAAAGACUAGAUUGGAUCUGUUGGGACUCAUUCAUGCUCAUGAGCUGCCAUGUCUGAAGACCCGGGUCAUCCCUCCUCCUCUGCUUUUAGAAGCCUUCCUACUCACACGGGCCACUUUUCUAAUCCACCACUUCCCCUUAGCAGUACACUAUCUGUGUAUCUUCUCUCUCGCAGUGACUUGAGGGUCCCCUGAGCAGUUUCCAGCCCUGUGAUGCCUGCUGCUCGCUGUUCCAGAGAGGAAGCCGGUGUAGAAGAAGAAGGGUGUUCUUCCAGUACACUGGAGGCUCUCUGGGGGGAAGUGUCUGUUUGAUUUACUAUUCCUGGUACUAUAAGUUCAAAUGUUUACAGAUAUAUUGAAAUUGGGAAGAAAGCAUCCUAUUCAUGAUGAAUAGAAUCUGUGAGGCCUUUCCUGAAAAAAAAAAAUUAACAGCAAAAUUUGACUUUCUUGGCUGGAGAAAGGUGUGUUGUGUGUGACUCUCGCUCUCAGUCGGGAGUCAGGCUCACCUGCAGCUGAGCUGGCACAGAACCCAGGGGGUUGUCAAAUAGGACCUGGGGCACAGACCUGGCUGGCACAAGAGGGUGGAGCAGGCGUCCCCCCAACCCCAGCCGGGUUUUACAAGGAGGCAGUCAUCCAGGAGGCACCCAGCCGAGCCCACCGGACUAGGCGGGCGGUGACCACCGUGCCGCUGGCCGCCUAGCCCCAGACAUUCCGCUCCUACCACUGGAAUGCGCAGACAGGGCUUCUUGUUGACCUUUGGCGGUUCCAGGGUCCCCGGUGGCAUGGCCCUCCAGGGGGCGGGGCGGGGCGGAGCCUCAUGAGCGGGACCUUUAAAUUGGCUGCCAAAGCGCGGCCCCACGCCGGCGCCUGACCUUGCAUGCCCCAGCCACCUCGCCGCUCACAGACCCCGGCUGGUCGCCUAGCCCAUCAUGUUGCUCCCAGCCCCUGCGCGCCACCUCCCGGGACUUCUGCUGCUGCUCUGGCCGCUGCUGCUGCUGCUGCUGCUGCCGCCCCCCGCCGCUCCUGGACCAUUGGCCCGGGCGAGCGUCCGAAGGCUGGGGACACGUAUCCCCGGGGGCAGCCCCGGGCAUCUUCCUGCUCGGGCGUCUCCCGCCCGUACGCCUUAUUCCGGGGCCCGCGGUGCAGGUGUUUGCAAGAGCCGGCCUCUGGACUUGGUGUUUAUCAUUGAUAGUUCUCGUAGCGUCAGGCCUCUGGAAUUCACCAAAGUGAAGACCUUUGUGUCCCGAAUCAUUGACACUCUGGACAUCGGGGCAGCCGACACGAGGGUGGCUGUGGUGAAUUAUGCCAGCACUGUGAAGAUAGAGUUCCAGCUCAACACCUACUCAGACAAGCAGGCCCUGAAACAGGCUGUGGCUCGGAUCACACCCUUGUCCACAGGCACGAUGUCGGGGCUGGCUAUCCAGACAGCGAUGGAGGAAGCCUUCACUGCGGAGGCAGGAGCUCGGGGCCCCAUGUCUAACAUCCCCAAGGUAGCUAUUAUUGUGACUGAUGGGAGACCCCAGGAUGAAGUGAACGAGGUGGCUGCCCGGGCCCGGGCAUCUGGCAUUGAGCUGUAUGCUGUGGGUGUGGACCGGGCCGAUAUGGAGUCCCUCAAGAUGAUGGCUAGCAAGCCCCUGCAGGAGCAUGUGUUCUAUGUGGAGACCUAUGGAGUCAUUGAGAAGCUCUCUGCUAGAUUCCAGGAAACUUUCUGUGCUCUGGACCCGUGUGUGCUGGGCACACACCAGUGUCAGCAUGUGUGCAUCAGUGAUGGUGAUGGCAGGCACCACUGUGAGUGCAGCCAAGGGUACAUCCUGAACGCUGACCGGAAAACAUGUUCAGCUGUUGACAAGUGUGCCCUCGGCACUCACGGGUGUGAACAGAUCUGUGUGAACGACAGAAAUGGCUCCUACCACUGCGAGUGCUAUGAAGGUUACACCUUGAAGGCAGACAGGGUGUCUUGUGCAGCUCAGGACCAAUGUGCUUCGGGUACACACGGUUGCCAGCACAUAUGUGUGAAUGACGGAGCCGGGUCCCAUCACUGUGAGUGCUUUGAGGGCUACGCUCUGAAUGCAGAUAAGAAAACAUGUUCAGUCCGAAACAAGUGUGCUCUGGGCACUCACGGCUGCCAGCACAUCUGUGUGAGCGACGGAGCAGCAUCCUACCACUGCGACUGCUUCCCGGGCUACACCUUGAACGACGACAAGAGGACAUGUUCAGACAUUGAGGAAGCACGAAGCCUCAUUUCCGUAGAAGACGCCUGUGGCUGUGAAGCCACACUGGCAUUCCAGGAGAAGGUCAGCUCCCAUCUCCAGAAGCUGAACACCAAACUUGACAACAUUUUGAAGAAGCUGCAAGUUAACUGAAUAUGGGCAAGUGCAUCGUUAAACUGCUCAAAACUUCUCGCCUGGAAACGUGGAGUGCUUGGUAUGCGCAACACUCAUUCUCUAAUACACUUUAUCUCUGAUGUUCCUGCUAAUAAUCUGCCAUUAUAAAUGCUUGACUAUUAUUCAGUAAACAGUAUGAGGGUUUCCUGGAGAAUCAGUAUCAUUUUUCAAGGAAAUAAAUGUGCAUACCCUUGUAAAGAGCAAGCUUUAGUGUCUCUAAGCUGUGACUGUGAAAUCAUUAAUGAGAUGAAAAGUGAAAAGUUUAAUGUUUUGUUAUCUACUGAUUGAGCCAUGUAAGUUUUAAAUGUUUAUAUUAGUAAGAUGAUCAUAUUCAUAAAACUUUAUGACUCUUUUCUCUUGGUCAUAUUUAUAAUACAAGCCAGCCUUACUAUUCAGAGUGCAAAUUUUAUGAAAUAUUUACAUAGAAAAAGUUCAAAUAAUUAAACCGAGGUGAAUAUAUUUAGAAUUGUUUAAUACUUGUUUUUUUGCUGAAAUAUUGUUAAAGCUACAAUCAAGGGAUUAUAAUACAUGUAUCUAAAAAUAAUUUACAGAGAUUAAGUGAAUGUUACAUGACAGUUUUGAUUCAUUUAUGUCAUAGAAAUUAAAACUAACAAGAGCUGGAUGUAAACUUAGGGUGCUAAGAUUUUUGCCAAGGGAAAAACCCCCUGAAUUCUAUCAUUUUGUUUUUGAGCAUGUAAUUGGCAAAAUUACAUAUUUAUAAAACUAGUGUAACAAGUAACAAGACCUAAUAUUAUCUUUUUUAAAAAUGUCGGUAAUAAGUCUAAUUUUUUUCACUCAAAAUAUACCUAAUACAUGUACUUUUUUAAGUGCAGUUUAUAACUUUUGGAAUAAAACAGUUCUUUAAACUUUGUGCUACUUGAUCUGUUUUGGUCUGUAUUGUUUUUAAUAUAAUAAAAGUUCCUAUCUUUCUAUAUUAA